AUGCCCAAGGGUAUUGGUGGUGGUGACGCCGAGGCCAACAAGAUCGACGGCGAGGAGGAACAGAGAUUUGCACCUCUUCAGCAAACCCUCGAGGACGAUCUUGCCGAGGCCGGUGAUGAGUACAUGGCCGCCGAGAAGGAGCGUGCUCGUGCCAUGAUCGAUGCGCUUCCUCUAGACAAGUACGCGAUCGCCAACGGAGAGGCCGACUGGGACGAAGCCGAACGCCAAAUCCAAAAGUCAGCAGGCCGCAGCGGCAAGAGCACAACAGUCAGUGUCAAGUCAAAGAAUGCAUCGAGCAAACGCAAGGCUGGCGAGGCUCUCGAGGAGGUGCAAAAGGAAGCUGCCAACUUCGACGGCAAGAAGAGCAAGAAGGGCAAACAGUCAAGGUAA